AUGAAGAAAAGCUAUUUAGACUAUUAGUCUUCUUUGAGAACUUACAAAAGGUCAAAAAAUCGUAAUAGCCAAGACCAUCACACUUACUCACUUGCUUUAAACUAAUUUUCUGAUAUGACUGAAGAGGAGUUUGCUGAAGUUCUUAAGAAAUCUCAUGUUGUUGAUCUUCAAAUUUAAUAAGCUAACAGUAAUAACUCAACAUCUUCUACUACUGGAGGAUCCACUUCAUCUAAUUCUACAAGCAACAAUGCAACAGUUACAGUAUACUGGAGAAUUAAAGGUGCUGUAACUUCUGUUAAAAACUAAGGUACAUGUGGCUCUUGCUGGGCAUUCUUUGCAGCUGGUUUAAUGGAAUCUUUUAAUUUGAUUAAGAAUAAAAAUUUAACAGAUUUUUCUGAAUAGUAACUUGUUGAUUGUGUCAACUCUGCAAAUGGUUACGGUUCUAAAGGAUGUAAUGGAGGAUGGCCUGCAGGAUGCUUGGAUUAUUCCUCAAAUUUUGGUAUCACAACCUUAAAAAGCUAUCCUUAUGUUGAUGUUUAAAAGAAGUGUAAUAUUACUGGAACUAACAAAGGUUUUAAGCCUAAAUUUUGGAAGCAAAUUCCUAAUACUUCUAAGGACUUAUAAAAUGCUUUAAAUUUCUCACCAGUUUCUGUUAUUGUUGAUGCUUCUUCUUGGUCUCAAUAUAGAUUUGGUGUCUAAAAUGGUUGCAACUAAAUCAAUAUUUAACUUAAUCAUGCUGUGGUAGCUGUUGGUUACGAUUCCGCUGGUAACUAGAUUUUUAAAAACUCUUGGAGUACUGUUUAGGGUGAGCAAGGUUAUAUUAGACUUGCUCCUAAUAAUAUUUGUGGUAUUUUAAGCUAUAAUUACUAAAUUACAGCUUGA